GUCUGCAAAAGCUUAACAAAACAUGGCAGACGAAGAUAGAAAAACAGAGGGACAUCAAUAAAAAGCCGAAACACACGUGAUGAAAGCUAAUCCUCCAGAGUCCACUCUCAUCUCUUGCUUUCUUUUGCUAAGCUGUUUUCACUUUCCAUUUUUGUCUUAAACUUAAUCAUUCAAAGAAUCAGACAAGCAAACCCACCUUCCUUUACUCUCUCUCUCUCUUGCAUAAUCCUAAUUGUUUUCACACCUAUCAAAUCUAUCAUAGCUGUUCACCAUUGGGAAAAACUUCUUUAUCUAUUACCUGGAUCUCUCUCCCUUGAUCUCAGGGAGCGAAGCACGUCACUAAAGAUGAUGAAAACAACGUCAAAGAUUUUGGUUAUUAAUGUCUUGCUGCUGUGUCUCUGCCACGUGUCCACGGCGGCGGUGGUGAAGAGCAACGAGCAACAAAGAUGGACUUACAUAGUCCACAUGGCCAAAUCCGAAAUGCCGGCGAGUUUCGAGCACCACUUACACUGGUACGACUCGUCUCUCAAAUCGGUGUCAGACUCGGCCGAAAUGAUUUACACCUACGAGAAUGUCAUCCACGGCUUCUCCACAAGAUUAACGGCCAAGCAAGCCCAAUUGCUCGAAAGCCAACCGGGGAUUCUGUUCGUGUUACCUGAACUGAAAUACGAGCUUCACACAACUCGAACCCCUCAGUUUCUUGGCCUCGACAAAAACCCCGCUUUACUCCCUGCGUCUAACUCGGAAAGUGAUGUCAUUGUCGGAGUUUUAGACACCGGAGUUUGGCCGGAGAGCAAGAGCUUCGACGAUACUGGGCUCGGACCCAUACCCAGUAGCUGGAAAGGUGCGUGUGAAUCAGGAACCAACUUCACAUCCUCAAACUGCAACCGCAAGUUAAUCGGUGCUAGGUUCUUCUCCAAAGGUUACGAAGGCACAUUAGGCCCAAUCGACACAAGCAAAGAAUCCAGAUCGCCUCGAGACGAUGACGGCCAUGGCACACACACAUCAACCACAGCAGCUGGAUCGGUAGUGCAAGACGCGAGCCUUUUCAACUACGCCAAAGGGACGGCGCGUGGGAUGGCCACGCGCGCCCGUGUCGCCGCCUACAAAGUCUGCUGGCUCGGUGGUUGUUUUAGCUCCGAUAUUUUAGCGGCCAUGGAAAAAGCCAUUGAGGACAACGUUGAUGUCAUCUCCAUGUCCCUUGGCGGUGGAAUGUCUGAUUAUUAUAGAGACAGUGUCGCAAUUGGAGCUUUCUCGGCGAUGGAGAAGGGAAUUUUCGUUUCGUGCUCAGCUGGAAAUGCGGGUCCCAGUUCAUACAGUUUAUCGAACCAAGCACCAUGGAUCACUACCGUUGGUGCAGGCACAAUAGAUCGUGAUUUCCCAGCGUACGUUAGCCUCGGCAACGGCAAAAACUUCUCCGGCGUUUCACUCUACAAAGGAAGCUCUUUGCCCGGAAAGUUAUUGCCAUUUGUGUAUGCAGGUAAUGCAAGCAAUGCCACGAAUGGGAACUUGUGCAUGAUCGGAACUUUGAUACCAGAAAAAGUUGCAGGAAAAAUUGUGUUGUGCGAUCGUGGCGUGAACUCCAGAGUUCAGAAAGGAUCUGUAGCUAAAGACGCUGGUGCAUUGGGUAUGAUUUUGGCUAACACCGCCGCAAACGGCGAAGAGUUGGUGGCUGAUGCUCAUCUCUUACCAGCCACGGCGGUGGGCGAGAAAAACGAUGAUAUUAUAAAGAGUUAUUUGUUCACUGAUCCUAAUCCAACGGUGACGAUUUUAUUCGAAGGCACUAAGGUUGGGAUUCAGCCUUCACCGGUGGUCGCAGCGUUCAGCUCGAGAGGUCCAAAUUCAAUCACGGCGGAGAUACUGAAGCCAGACAUUAUAGCGCCAGGUGUCAACAUCUUAGCGGGAUGGUCAGGGAAUGUGGGUCCUACAGGGUUAUCCAUUGAUGACAGACGCGUGGGGUUUAAUAUAAUUUCGGGAACAUCUAUGUCUUGCCCACACGUGAGUGGGCUCGCGGCGCUUGUCAAGGCUGAGCACCAAGAUUGGAGCCCAGCGGCGAUUCGCUCCGCCCUUAUGACCACGGCGUACACUGUAUACAAGAGUGGCCAAAAAUUGCAAGACGUUUCUACUGGGAAACCAGCCACACCCUUGGAUUACGGGUCUGGACACGUGGACCCCGUAGCAGCCCUUGAUCCAGGACUAGUCUACGAUUUGACGGCCGUUGAUUACUUAAACUUCGCUUGCGCGUUAAAAUACAGUGCUGCACAGAUUACCAGUUUGGCUGGGAGAAAUUUCACGUGCGAUGCUAGUAAAACGUACAGUGUUACUGACCUUAAUUAUCCUUCUUUCUCUGUGGUUUUGACUGGUACUGGUGGUGUUGGUAAUGGGUCUAGUGUGCCUAAGUACACACGAACUGUUACUAAUGUGGGUUCACCUGGGACGUACAAGGUUUCAAUCUCAUCAGAGAGUCCAUUGGUUAAGAUUCGAGUUGAGCCUGAAUCGUUGAGUUUCAGUGCAAUCAAUGAGAAGAAGUCUUACACUGUUACAUUCACUACAACGGGUUCGCUGCCAUCGAAUUCGAAUAGCUUUGCUCGUUUGGAAUGGACAGAUGGGAAACACACAGUUGGAAGUCCUAUAGCUUUUAGCUGGACUUAAUGGGGAAGUAUAAGAGGAGGAGGUUGAAUUUGUUACACAUUCAAAGGGUGUGUGAUUAUUGCUUGCCUUUUUAAAUUUCUGAAAAAUUGUAAUGUUAUUGUUUCGAUUUAGCGUUUGAUAUUGUUGUCUGCGAGAGAAAAUUACAACCUAUGAAAUGGGGAUGUUUUCUUUCUCGGUGUACAGUACGUACGUUCUUAAUGAUAAUUUAUGAUAAUUUAUAUGUA